AUGCGGAAACGCAAAGCCAGCACCGCUGGCCUUGCCGGUCCAUCGUCUUCUCUGCCCAGCCCCCAGCGCCAGAGGGUAGCCGAAGUGCCCCCCACCGGGAAUGAUGCACCAGAGACCGAACCCGCGGAAACUGAUAGGGUGAACCCUUCACCUUCUCAUGCAGAUGAUGUAACAAUCGCCGUGGCGGGCACUGUAUCGGGCCAGCUCACGUCCUCGACUGAAAUGGCUCCGCCGCCAGCAGUGGGUGCCGCGGCCAUCGCCACGCCAACGCUGCCAGCCCCCGUGACUUGUACACCUGCAUCUCCGGCCACGAGCACUGUGGUGAAGAAACCAUUGAAGCUGGUGUUGAGGAAGCCAACAAUGAUCCGAUCUCAAGUAGACCCCACGGCCGUCAGCCCUGGAGGAGAGAACGAUGAUACCCUCCAAGAGAUGCACCUCCCAAAGGACGACCUGAGCCGCCCGCGUCAGAUGAUCAAGGCGAUCGACACGUUUGCUCUGGAUAUGAACCAAAAAACUGCAGUGAAGCUGGAAGAGUCCACCAAGCGUAUCAACGAGUUGAUGCAGGAGCGAGCCGGCUUCGAGCAAACCAUUAUCGAGCUCCAAGGCUGA